AUGGCCGGAGUCAUAACAAGUGAUUUCAAAUAUAGCAACAGUUUCCCACUCCUGCUUGUGGCACCAAGGUGUGUUUGCAAGGAUGUUUCUCAGUCCUUUAAACUCCUAGGAUUUCUUGAUGUUAAAAGUGUCCCAUGUGCACGAGAAUCAGUGCUCUAUGGCUCCGUGGGAUCUUUAGUUGUGGGUCUUGGACAUUUUUUAGCAACUAGUAGAGUUAGAAGAUCUUGUGACUUUGCAGUUGGUGGCUUUAUUUGCACAAUGUUAGGUUACUGGUUUUACUGCAGGUACAACUUGGCCCAACACAGGAUCCGGCAAAGAAUGCUUAAAGAAGCAAUGAGGAACAAAAUUUUAUUUGAAGGCAGUUCUCUUGAUCCAGAAAGAAAACAAACUGGCAGCGAAAGAAGCGAUUCAUAG